GCUCCCAGCUUCCCCCAUUUUCUGACAAGCUCUGAGGACAGAACCGAAAGGCUGAAGAAGGAAGCAGAGAAGUGCCAAGAAGAACAGAAGAGGGAGACGGCUGAGCGGACCCUCGGUGAGGAGGCUCCAGCCUCAGGCCCAGCUGCAGCUGGAGAGAUCACCCAGGGGGACGGGGCCAUGUGGCUGCCAUCAGCUCUCCUGCUUCUCUGUGUCCCAGGCUCUGUGUCUCUGAGUGGCCCCAGCAUCGUGACAGGCACUGUGGGGGAAUCCCUGAGUGUGCAGUGUCGGUAUGAGGAGGAAUACAAGACAUUUAAAAAAUACUGGUGCAGACAACCGUGCUUGCCACUUUGGCAUGAGAUGGUGGAGACCACAGUGUCUGAGGUAGAGGUGAGGAGCGGCCGAGCGGCCAUCGUGGACCACACUGGGGACCUCACCUUCACAGUGACCUUGGAGAACCUCACUGCAGAGGACUCAGGGAAGUACAGGUGUGGGAUCGCAACGAUACUGCAGGAGGAGGGGCUGCAAGGCUUCCUGCCUGAUCCCUUUUUCCAGGUUCAGGUGUUGGUUUCCUCAGCCUCCAGCAACAAGAGCUCUACGUGGACACCUGGACAUCCCAGCCAACACCAAGGGUUCCUGCUCCUCAUAUUCCUGAAGGUGCCCCUGUUCCUGCUGAUGCUCAGUGCCGUCCUCUGGGUGAACAGGCCUCAGAGGGCAAUUUGUGGAGAAACAGAGCCAGCCUGACCAAGAAAACCUGCAGCCAUCCUCGCCCAUCAAUAUCUUGUGCAGAGACACAGGCACGCAGACUAGAGAAGAAGGAACUUCAGACCCUGAAUCUGAUAUCCCUUUUCACCCUAUUGCCAGAGACUUUUAAAACAAACUUUUAAAAAUGUUUUAAUGAAAUAUAUCAUAUACACAAAAGCAUCUAUAAGAUGUAUAUGUACAGCUCAAGAACUAGAAAUAAACAUGUGCAUCCACUGUUCA